AUGAGUCUCACAGACAGAACUUAUUUAUCCCCAAAGCUUCCUCUUUUAGAAGAUUACAAAAAUACAAAGAAAGAAAAGCUGAUCUCUAAAGUUUCUAACUCCUCAAUUCAAUAAACAAAAAAUUCAUUCUUUUUUCCUUAAAAAAUUUUAAUUACUUUCCCACUUUAAGAGUGAGCAAGUUUAUUAGCUCUAUUAUUUUUUUAAAAAAUUUUUAUUUAUUUAUAUAUAAAUAUUUUUAAAUGAUUAAAAUAAAAUGCAAGCUUCUCGAAAUUCAGUAGAAUUAGCUAGAAAUUAUAUUAUAAAAAUUAUUAAUUACAUUAUACAAAAAUAUUAUAUUAGCAACGUUUUUGUGUCUAAUUUUCCUCAAAAUAGGUGCCCAAUGGUUUUUGUCGUUAACAAUGAGGGAGAGCGAAGCAUGAUUUCAUAAUUAAAAUAAUUUACUAUAAUUUUUUACAAUCUCUAAAAUAUUAAAAAUUGAUUUAACUACAAUUGCAUAAUCUUAUAAUUCCUUUGAUUUGAGAGUUUCUAAAUAAUAUAUGCAUUGCUCUGCUUUCUUCAUUUCUUGAAUUUAAAUUCUUUUAAAUUUAACGCUAAUCAGGGUAAAUCCUAUAUAAUGUUUUAAACGUUUGGAACCAUAAAUUUGAAAGGUAUCGAGAAAAAUUUACCAUUAAUACUAAUUAUUGAAUUAUGCGUUGUAAAAUAUUUGAAUACCAGCAAACUCAUCUACUAGUCAAAACCAGUCUGCUAUUUAGCAGUUGAAUAGUAGGCUAGUUUUGAUCAAUAAGACAAGUUUGCUAGUGUUCGAAUAUUCGCAAUGCACAAUAUAAUAUAUUUUUAUUAUUUUGGGAUUUUUAUGUUUAAAAAUUAUAAGUAUUUUAUAAUUGAUAAAUAUUAUUAGUUAUAUCACCUAGAAUAACGAGCAAUAUAAAUAGUUUGUUAUUAACUAGAGAGAGAAUAAAGGAAAAUUAGAAAAUACUUCAGGAUUUUCAAAUUCAAAAGAUUUAAAGCGCGCUAAUUCAUUUUCCCCUUCGUCUAAAAAUUCCAACCUAAAGAUCUCAAAAUCAGCAAGCAAAACAAUAUCGAAACAAGUAAAUAAAAGCUCAAGUCAGGCACCAAAUCAACUAUCAAAAGCAGUCUUAGACAGUAUUAAGCAUAAAAAUACGCAAGAUUUAGGCCCAGGAUUUUACAGAUCAGUCACUCCAACUCCUGGUCCUUGAUUUAUAUUUGAGUCCUCUCCAAGAUUUGAAUCCCCAAAACAAGAUCACCAAUUGAGUAUUUUAAAAGUAAACUAUGUCACUGAGGAAAGAAAAAAGGAAGCUGAAAGGAGGAUAAAAACUUCUCGAGAUCUGUCAAUGCAUGUCCCGGUAGCAAAAAAAGAGCAGCUAAAAGAAAAAGCUCAGAAAAGAUUAAUUGAAAGUCAGCUCCAUAAAAGAACAAAGGAAUUAAUUGCUCUUGCAAAACAUGAAACGCAAGAAAAUAAACUGAAAGAAAAGUUUACCAGAUUUGAGCUGAGACAAAAUAGGAGGGAUUAUGAAAAAAUUAACUCCCCCAUCCGUUAGCGAACUAAACGAUUGGAAAAAUCCCUAUUUUUUGGCAAAAACCCACUCGUGAGCAAACAAAAAACUUUAUUAACAUAAAAGUUUUAUAAAAAAUAUUCUGAUAUGUAAGUGAUAGUUCUGUUUAGUUUGCAUUUCAAAAAAGUUUUUUUAAUGCUUUGGAUCCCUAUCCCCAGAAAAACAAAUAAUAUAUAAUUUUUUUGAAAAGCAACUCUCCAUAAGUGAACAAAUUUUUUUUCGAUUACUAAAAGAGAAGAGUAAACGAAGCUGAAUAACAUUGCUGGCUGUUUUUGGAAAUUUAGGAUUAUGAAAUAGAAUAUAUCAAAAGCAUACAUAUUUGAAACUUAAAGUGCUUUAUUUGAUCGAGCUGCUUAAGUCAAUGUCAAUUGCAAUAGGAAAGUUUAGAAUAAAAUUAAGAAAAUUUCGAUCUCAAAGAGCAUUAUUAAAAAUAUCAAAUAUAAUGAUUCUAUUGGUGAGAAAAUGAAAAGAAAAACGAAAGAAAAAAUUUAAUAAAGCCUUGAUUGGGUGAAUAGAUUGAUAUAUGUGCUGCACAGCUAAUUAUUUAUUUUUAUCUAAAAUAUCCUUUUGUUUUGCCUAUUUUUUUGGUUUAUUUUUUUUGGCCUAUUUUGUUUGACGUGUUUCUUUGUCUAUUUUUGGAUUAUUUUUUUGGAGAAUUUUUGCAAAUUGGUAUCUUUCCUAAUAUUUAUAUUGAAAUAAUUAUUAUUUAAAUCAUGGUAAAAUAUUUAAAAAACUAAAACCAAAAAAAUCAAAAAAAUAGUCGUGUAGACCUCAUCUGAAGACACGAAAAUAUAAGGCUUGGAGAAAUUUCACUCAAGAAUGCUGCAUAAUUCUCGUUUUAUUAUUUUAAUGGCUGCACAACAAUGUAUGCGAUGAUGAAAAGUUGAAAGUCCAAGAUUAUCUAUAUACAAAGGAAAAUAAGGUCUUUAAGCCAAAUAUACUCCGCGAGAUUGCAAGCUCUCAAUCUUCAAUGAUCAAAACUAGAAAAAAUAACUAAAAAAUCAAUAGGGGAGAUGUCUCCUGCUGUCAAAGUUAAAAUUCCAGAACUCAUUAAGACAUACUAUCUAAAACCAUUUUUAACAAAAAUACUGAAAGAGCAUGCAACUAAGACUGUAUAUUAUUAUCAGUAUAUGAAGGAAAAAGAAGAGAUUUUAAUUAUAGAAAAACAUUCAAUGCAAAUUGAGAGAGCUCUUACAGGUCAUAAAAUUAAUUUCAGGGACAUAAAACCUCAAAAGCCAAAGUUUCAAUUAUUUAACUAUAAAUCAGAAAUUAAGUCUCUUAUAAAGGCUGCGAUAAAUAAUAAAAGAAAUUGGUACAAAAUUACAGGUUUAAAUAUCAAUGAAAACCUUAUUAAUUGAAUUCACAAUAUAAAAGAUGAUUAUUUUUAGAUUAAUUAGUUUAGCGGGUCAUGGAGGUUUAUUUCAGCCUCUACCCAGCGCUGCCAGCUUCAGGCUUGCGCCCUAUGCACCGGCUCUGUAGCUCACUCCAUUUUCUGUCGACGUCACCAAAAAAUGGUGACGUCGCCAUCUAACAGGGAGACUCACCCAGGUACUCCUUGAUCAGGGUCUAGUGACCCGGCGCCGUCCUUUCUGGGGAGGGUGAAAAGUAGCCUCCCGGAAUCUCCUUCAGGUCCCCUAAGCUCCACUACAAGCUUCCUCACUUUCCUUCUAGUCCUGAAGUUUGACUCCUGAUUCUGCGGCUCUGGUCUUCUUGUCUUUGUGAGAGGUAAAAAAACUUGUCGUGGUGUCCCGACCAAGGUAAAAAAACCCACCCUGGACACAAUAUCCAGGCCCCGUUUACUUCUUAAUCCCGUAGUCCCUGAGGGUACAGGAGAAGGACGGGUCGGAUGGCUCACCAUUUUAAUUGUGUUAUAAAAGAUGAAGAAAAGCAGAAAAAAUCUAAAAGAAAAGUUGCAAAAGAAAGGAGAGCUACAAAGCUAGCAGAAAUAGUACAUAGACCACGAAGUCUUAUACAAUACGCUAUAGCCGAAAAGCAGUGUUUUGAAUCAUAA